GGUCUCCCCCGGCAGCUCUGAUGACCCUCCUCUCUACGUGUGAGGAGUUGUGUGAGAGCAUCAUGGUAGGAGUGUGUGUAGGGGAGUUUGCAGUGGUUCAACCGCUCUCUGUGGAAUACUCCUGUAUCCUGGCCUACCUGCUGGCCUGGAAACUACUGCUGUCCUUCUUCAAGGCUUCUCCCUCCCACCUGCGUGUCCAGUACUCUCUCUAUCUAAAGAAGUCCCUCCACAAGCUCCUCCUCCACCUGUUCAGACUGAUGCCUGAAAACCCCGCCUACGUCGGCCAGGGGGCGGAGCCUGUCUCCAAGGAGACCAAGACAUUCUUCACAGAGAGCCUCUCUCUGGACGUCAACAAGUCGUCCGGUAUCCAAUAUGAGCUCUCCCACCUGGCGUGUUGUGUGUACUACAGUGCGGUACAGGACCUGCCUGCCAUGGUUAGGUUGUGGUGGACCAGUCAGGAGAAGAGAGUUAGCCACACGGUGGAUAAGUUCACAGGACGAUACGUCUCGCCUGUCCUCUCUGCUCAGGAGAUCUCCUCUGUACACGCCAGCACACAGACCUUCGACAGCAUGACUGUGAAGGCCCGUUCGGCAGCGCGGGAGGUGAUCGCCACCUACUCGGUGGAUGAUAUCUUCAUAGAGCUGGUGAUCCAGCUACCACAGAACUAUCCUCUAGGCUCGAUCACAGUAGAGAGCGGAAGGAGGGUUGGGGUGGCUGUACAACAGUGGAGAAACUGGAUGUUACAGCUCAGUACAUACCUCACACACCAGAACGGCAGUAUAAUGGAGGGCCUGGUACUGUGGAAGAACAACGUGGAUAAGAGGUUCGAGGGAGUAGAGGAUUGUAUGAUCUGUUUCUCCGUUAUUCAUGGAUCCAACUACUCUCUGCCCAAGAAGGCCUGCCGCACCUGCAAGAAAAAGUUCCACUCUGCCUGUCUGUACAAGUGGUUUACCUCUAGCAACAAGUCCACCUGUCCUCUGUGUAGAGAGACCUUCUUCUAGAAACAAGUCCACCUGCCCUCUGUAGAGACCUUCUUCAAGCAACAAGUCCACCUGCCCCCUGUAGAGAGAUCUUCUUCUAGCAACAAGUCCAUCUGCCCCCUGUAGAGAGACCUUCUUCUAGCAACAAGUCCAUCUGCCCCCUGUAGAGAGACCUUCUUCUAGCAACAAGUCCAUCUGCCCCCUGUGUAGAGAGACCUUCUUCUAGCAACAAGUCCACCUGCCCCCUGUAGAGAGACCUUCUUCUAGCAACAAGUCCAUCUGCCCCCUGUGUAGAGAGACCUUCUUCUAGCAACAAGUCCAUCUGCCCCCUGUAGAGAGACCUUCUUCUAGCAACAAGUCCAUCUGCCCCCUGUGUAGAGAGACCUUCUUCUAGCAACAAGUCCAUCUGCCCCCUGUAGAGAGACCUUCUUCAAGCAACAAGUCCACCUGCCCCCUGUGUAGAGAGACCUUCUUCUAGCAACAAGUCCAUCUGCCCCCUGUGUAGAGAGACCUUCUUCUAGCAACAAGUCCAUCUGCCCCCUGUAGAGAGACCUUCUUCAAGCAACAAGUCCACCUGCCCCCUGUAGAGACCUUCUUCAAGCAACAAGUCCACCUGCCCUCUGUAGAGACCUUCUUCAAGCAACAAGUCCACCUGCCCCCUGUAGAGACCUUCUUCAAGCAACACGUCCACCUGCCCUCUGUGUAGAGACCUUCUUCAAGCAACAAGUCCACCUGCCCCCUGUAGAGACCUUCUUCUAGCAACAAGUCCAACUGCCCCCUGUAGAGACCUUCAAGCAACAAGUCCACCUGCCCUCUGUAGAGACCUUCUUCAAGCAACAAGUCCAUCUGCCCCCUGUAGAGACCUUCUUCAAGCAACAAGUCCAUCUGCCCCCUGUAGAGACCUUCUUCAAGCAACAAGUCCAUCUGCCCCCUGUAGAGACCUUCUUCAAGCAACAAGUCCACCUGCCCUCUGUGUAGAGAGAUCUAAUCGGAACUACGUUACCAUGGAUACACAGCGUCACUGUUCCGUUGCUAUGGAUGCACAGAGACAGUUUGGUUGUAUAUUUGUACGUAUCUCUCUCCACAACCUUUUAUAGAUCAAUGCUUCUCAAUUGUUUUUUUCCUCGGGACCCAAAUUGAACCAGGUUUUCUGUCGCGAUCCAAUAUUCACAUUGUGAUUUUUGUUGUUGUUGUUGUUGCCAAAAUGCAAUUUGGAAAACAAUUUUUAAAUAUUAUUUUUUGACAGUAAAUGUAGCAAUUAUAUUAGACAUGGGGAACAAUAUUCCCGUUUUUUUUUUCAUUAAUUCCAUAUUGCUCACAAUCUUGAUGAAGAAUAUUGGCAAGCUCACACAAUCUGCUAAAUCACACUGCUAAUAGCUUUAUAUGGGAAAAUAGUGUGAUUGAAGAAAAAUGUAAUUUUUCUGAGAAUUAAAAUGAUUUAAAUGUAGGCUAAGGAUAAUCUUUUACGUACGUUCUACCUGGUGUUAGUUGUUUCAGUUCAGACUAGUAUCUCAAAAACAACAAAAAAAUAUAUGAAAAAUGUAUUUCACUCAGACACCCGCGACCCAUUCAAAACCUUUGGGCUACGACCCACCAGUUGGCAACCACUGCUUUAGAAGCUCUUUUGACAGCGGUUGUAACUCGAGGUCAAAGUUGAGGAGGACAGAUAUAUUUUAGAAGUACUAAAUGUUUUACGUCCAGUAGCCAAUGAGGAGCCAGGAAUCGGAUCAGCGCCGGGUGAUGACAUCAGAGCAGGACGACAGAUGGGUUGAGUCUCCUCUCCCCCCCCCCCCGAAUAGAUUUCUGACGCAUGCCAGAUCUCACAACGUCCGGGAUAUGUGUUUAACCACAUCACAUGUUAUAGCAAUCUGAUGCCCCGACUGCACAGUCAAUGACGUGGCACGCAACCAUUGGUUGAUGCAACGCUCACGCUUCUAGUCGGGCAGGAACUCGACCAGAAUGUUCCGUCUGAAGGAUGCAAUCAAUUCACUUGGUCAUCUGGUGUGAUUGGCACAGAGCAGUGAUGUUAUAUAUAUACAGACUGAUGAACACAAAGUGGAUUCAUUUGAGAUAAAUAAAGAGGAUUUAUAUAUCAGGAACUUGAAUCUCUCUAGUGAUGAUGACAAAGAUAGUAUUACUUGAUUGUAUUUUAACACACAGUAUAAUAACAGAGAGAGAGAGAGAGAGAGAGAGAUAACUAUAGCCUGGUCCCAGAUCUGUUUGUGCUCUUGCAAACUCCAUUGCUCAUUGUCAAGCCAAAACAUGACAGAUUUACAAGGAGUCGGCAUGACAACGCCAACAGACUUGGCAGCACGACAGCGCAGACUGGCACACGGGAUAGUGGAUCUGCUCUUUAUUCUAGCCUUGUUGUUGUGGUUCAGCGUGAACGAUGUCUAUUCCUUUGUCUGCCAUUCCUCUGUGUCUGUCUGGUUGUAAUCUGACUGUUCUUGCGGUGUUGAAAUUAUACGUCAUUAGCCCAGUAAAAAACAGACAACUCCG